AUGGCAUCUUCUUCUUACAAUGAUUUCAACAAUGGUUUUGAUGAAAAUUAUGAUGAAAAUUUUGUUGAAAAUGUUGAUGAUAGUUUGGAUGACCAGUUUGAUGAUCUUUUUGAUCAAAAAUUUGACAAAGCUUUGAACUCUUUUCUUGAACGUCAAACAGUUCCCAAACCAAAGAAGAAGAAGAAGAGAGCAUAUAUUGAAAGAAAUCGUGAAGAAGGUCAUAUCCGUUUAUGGAAUGACUACUUUAGUGAAGAUGCUACAUACCCGCCCAACUUAUUCCGCCGCCGUUUCAGAAUGAACAAGUCAUUGUUCAUGCGUAUUGUGGGACAACUUUCCCAAGAAAUGCCAUUUUUUCAACAACGGAGAGAUGCCACUGGAAGAGUUAGUCUAUCGGGAUUACAAAAAUGUACGGCAACAAUUCGUAUGUUAGCAUAUGGUAGUGCUGCGGAUGCAGUGGACGAAUACCUGCGCCUCGGUGAAAGUACAGCAAUUUCAUGCUUGGAACAUUUCACGGAAGGAAUCAUAUCAUCUUUCGGGGAUGAGUAUUUAAGACGACCCACUAGAGAAGAUCUUCAACGCUUGCUUAAUGAAGGAGAGGAUCGUGGAUUCCCCGGGAUGGUUGGAAGCAUCGAUUGUACUUUAAACGAUAUAAACGUUCUCGAUCGCUCACCUGUUUUUGAUGACGUACUACAAGGUCGAGCUCCAAAAGUCAGGUUCUCUGUCAACGGAAAUCAGUACCGACUUGGAUAUUACCUCACCGACGGUAUUUACCCAAAUUGGGCAACGUUUAUACAAUCUAUCCACCUUCCACAAAGUGAGAAAGAAAAGUUAUUUGCUACACGGCAAGAAUCUGUUCGGAAAGAUGUUGAAAGAGCUUUCGGAGUCUUGCAAGCAAGAUUUGCUAUUGUCAAAAACCCUGCUCUUAUUUGGGAUAAGGAAAAAAUAAGCAAGAUUAUGAGAACGUGUAUCAUGAUAGUAGAAGACGAAAGAAAAUCCGACACCCAAUAUAAUCUAUCAGAGUUUGAACAAGGAGAAGGAACGAGAUCUUCACAAGUCGAUAUGACGUAUUCGACCUAUAUGCCCACAAAUAUUGGCAAUAUGAUCGGGAUUCGCAAUCAAGUUCGUGAUAACGAUAUUCAUCAGCAAUUGAAAAAUGAUCUAGUUGAACAUAUAUGGCAUAAAUUUGGUUAA